UUUAUUCUUGAAAGGAAACAACAAGAAAACCAGGUCCUCAGGCAUCUCCCUGCCGGUGCUGGGGAAUUUGCUGUGUUGAGAGAUGUUAUUGAAGAGAUUGAUUUUAAAAAGGAAAAUGGGAAGCGGUGUUUGCAAACCUGAGCGGUGCCUGUGCUGGUUUCCCUCCUAGACCCUCGUGCUGGCCGCAGGGACCGGUGAUCUUCCUUUACCCCCUGCAGGAGCAGAAAGCCACUGGCCCAUCUGUCCAGCCGCGCUAGCAUGACCGCGCUCCCCUUGCCGCUGCUCCUCACUGCCGUAGGCUUCUGGAUGCCACAAGAGUCCAGCUCCCGGCUGCUGCCCAACGACACCGAGCCCCUGUCCCCUGCCGGGGUUAGAGCCGCGGGGCUGCUGUGGGGCGCGGGGGUCCCCCGGGGCCAUCCGAAGCGGUUCCUCUCCCGCCGCGACAUGAGCAUGAUUUUGGACUACCACAACCAAGUGCGGGCGCAGGUGUCCCCCCCUGCUGCCAACAUGGAGUACAUGGUCUGGGACGAGCGGCUGGCCAGGGCAGCUGAGGCGUGGGCUGCGCGCUGCCUGUGGGACCACGGGCCCCCCGAGCUGAUGAAAUACGUGGGGCAGAACCUCUUCAUCCACUCGGGCAGGUCCACCUCCGUCAUCAACAUGGUGAAAUCCUGGCACCAGGAGAAGCAGCACUACUCCUUCCCACACCCCCGCGAGUGCAACCCCCGCUGCCCCUCCAAAUGCAGCGGCUCCGUCUGCAGCCACUACACGCAGAUGGUGUGGGCAUCCUCCAGCCGCCUGGGCUGUGCCCUCAGCACAUGCACCAACAUACGUGUGUGGGGCAGCACGCUGCGGCACGCCGUCCUCCUCGUCUGCAACUAUGCCUUCAAGGGCAACUGGCAGGGAGAAGUGCCCUACAAGGUGGGGCAGCCGUGCUCAGCCUGCCCCCCAGCCUAUGGCGGGGGCUGCUUCAACAACAUGUGCUUCACCGGACUCAAAUCCAACCACGUCAGUUGAUUCUAGGGCUGCAGCCCCACAGGGAGCCUCUGGGAAUGGGGAUGGGGUGAACCAGAAUUAUUUAUAACACCGACCCCCCACCAGCAGCCUGGCUGUCCAACCUGCUUCAUCCCUAGUGUAGGAAACUGCUUUUAUAAGAUCAU